UAACUGUUUGGGCGAAAAUCCCAACGAAAGCUCAAGUAAAGUAUCGUGCCAUUCGUCACUCUCGUUUCUUGAUUCAGAUCGAAGCUAUCCAUACCUUCAUUAAUGGCGAAUCGACGACCUUCAUCUCUCUUUUUCUCUUCUUUCUUCUCACCAAGAGGCGACACUCUCCUCUACCUCAUCGCAUUUCUCUCUAUCUUCUCCCUCCUCCUCCACCACCUUUCCAUCUCCGCAUCCGCCGACUCGCACUUCGAAGGCUUCGACGCCGAUGACGAAGUUGAAGAUGAUUCAUUUCUCAGCCAAUCAUCGUUAUCCGAUCUCCCCCGUCGUUCCCCUCCUCCUUCCACCACCCUAUCUAUCUCCUCUGAUCCUGAAUCCCAUCAUGGCCCCCCUGAUCCCUCCGACGACUCGUCCAUGCCAUCUGAUCCCGAUCUUUCCGGUAAACCCUCCACGACACCAUCAUCAUUUGAUUACUGGGAUGAAGACGAGUUCGAAGGCUUCCCUACUGAACUAACACCACCAGAAGUCGCCAAAGAUGCCGCACCUACCACUCCGGCUGGUUCUGUAUCAGCCGAACCGGAUGAUGCUCUGAAGAUUUCGGAACCCGUUUCGUUGACAAAGAGGAUUAGAUCGUAUAUAAUCGAGAUUGUAUGUGUAUCAUUCUUGAUACUAUUUACAAUAAACUAUUUCACUGGGAAAAAGGAGAAUGAAACCCUAGCCCUAGCUUGGGCAGCGAAAUUCGCCACCAGGGACACAAUUUUUGAGAAGAACUUCAGCUUGUUAGGUGUUGGUGAUGGUGAUGACUCGCCAUUGCUAUUGAAAGAAGGUCAAAACGUGUUUAAGUUUUACGCUAGUGGACGUAGGUAUUGUCAAGGGUUGUUGGCUACAAUUGAACUCAAGAGUCGACAUGAUCUGAUAGCGAGAUUGUAUAAUAUGAUUGUGCCAUGUAAAGAUGAGAUUACUUUUGAGGUUUAUAUGAAUGAAGACGCCAUGGAUCAUGUGGUAUUUGCUUUGGCUAAGAAAAAGGCUGCAAAAACUAUGCAGAAGGAAGUGAGGGAUCUUCAGAGAUUUGCUAAUGUCUUGGCGUCUGGGCCAAAUGGUAGGAAGUGGGUUGCAGAUGAACUGUCAGUUAUCACUGAGUCGAAGGAAGUGGCUGGAGAUCUGAUCACUGAAGCUGUUCUUGAUCAGGUAUUUGGUGAAAAAUCAUUUGAGAAAUUUGGAAAGUGGUUCAUAUCAAUGCACUUCUCAGAUCAACAUCAGAGUUCACACAGGAAGAUGUUGGUAUUUAGGUUUGCAAUCCCUGAUGUUAACAAUAUGGCUGACAUGACACGCCUAGUGGCUCUAGUGCCCUAUUACAUCGAGUUAAUCGGGCGUUAUAAACUCAGUUCACAGGCUCGAUCGAAAACUGAAGCAGCAAGAACAAAAGUUGCACAGGAGGUGUACAAGGAACUUCAAAAUGCAAGGCAAGAAGCUUUACAGAAAAAGAAGGCAGAGAGGAGGAAGAUGCUGGAAGAAGCCGAGUCAAAACUUAAUGCGGAAGCUCUUCGUAGGAAAGAAGCAAAAGAACGUGCACGACAACUUAAGAAAGCAAUGCCUAAGAUCAAGAUGUCACGUGGUGCGUAGAUUUAG